AUGCCGGCCUUACCAUUCUGGAUCUAUGUAUUAAUUCUUUCUCUCUUGGAAAUAUUUCUCCUGACAAUCGCCCAGAAUAAAACCAUUUCGACGCAUUAUCUUGAAGACGGGCAGGAAGCUGCUUGGCUCCAGAGCAUUUUACCAGUUGUUCCUUAUCAUGACACUCCUGAAUUUCUUACGAAUACAGUAGAUUUCGAAGUACCAGCAGUAAAUCAGCAAGAACUGGCGUGCAGUAAUAUUCAUAUCGCUGAUGUUCCACGCUCUGAGGCAUCAAGAGGACUUGACCAAGAUUCUUCUGACCCAGUGAUUUCCAUUAGCAGGGAUGUUUUCACGGCCUGGCAAUCCAUUCCCUUUAUUAUUCAGCAAAGAAGCCAAGUACCGGCAACUGAAACUUACAGGACUCGUCCAGAAACGAUUAUUGAAAAAGACGUCGAACUAAUGCAUCCAAAACCCAUCGAUGAAACAAGUGCUCAGGCAGAAAGAAAAGCAAUUUCCGAUUAUUCUCAUCCUUCGACAUCUUACACUAUGGGCCUGAUUUACAAAUCUGUUCCCCCCGAAAUUCAAUUCACAAACCAAAAAUUAGGAAACGAAAUGUUCCGAACUGAACAGGAACUUAUUAAAGCUGAACUGCUUCGUACGAACUUGCCCGAUAUGCCUGCUAUUUCGGAAAAGUAUAGCGUUUCGGCUGCAGGACCAAGUACGGAAUUGCACGGGUUUAAGCCGGAAAUGAUGGGACAGUUUGAUAUGGCUAAAUGCCAGUGUGGUUUUGUUGGGCACGUGGACUCCGAAAGUUCGUUUGUAAAUUUCCGAGAUCAUCUUGAGAGCCACAGUCGGCCGCAUAAACACCGGUGUCAUUGGCGCGGAUGCGGCAAAAAUUUCAUGAAUUCCCAAUUACUAGGCCAGCAUUACUUCGAGCAUUUGAUUACUAAUCGUCGGCUGGUCUUGUUCCGGUGCUCAAAUUGCAAUCGGCACUUCUGGUCCGAACAUUCGCUUAGAACACACUGUGGUAUCAAACACGGCAAAGAAGGUUAA